AAGAGUGGGGAUAGUAUCAGUUAGCAUAAGUUAGAACAAUACAGUAUAUUUGCUUCAAUUCUAAAUGUGUAGCUUCAUCUGUUUGCAGGAUAAGAAUGUUGCCGUUACACUUAUGAUUCUUCCAUUGACGAAAGCUGAGAUAAUGAAUCAGACCCGAGUCACAGAGGACUGGGAUUUUGAGGUGGAGGAUGAGGAACUCGGUUCACUUCAGUGUGAGGGAGCAGACAAGCAGUACUAUCACCUCUACUGGGAUGAAGAAAGUUUAACUGACAGGUCCAACAAUUCCGUUUUAGAAAGAACUGAUUUAAAUAAGAGAAAGCUAGCUCACAUUAUGGACAGCCCAGAAAGAGGGGAGCCUUACUCAGCACUGCAGUCAAGUAGCAGCUCCCUGUGCCUACAGGAAUCUGAUGGGAGCCAGUCAGAUAGUUCAGUGCAAAGAUUUCAGCAAAUCAAUCAGCUGGACAGUGACAAAUUAGAAAGCAACACUACAAAGGGAAUUCACUCCACCACUCAGCUGCCACAAUUCUCUAAAUUGUCAACGUCCCCUGAUUCAGCCAGUGGGAGUAAAGCUAGUGAAACCAACAUAGAUCUGAAGUUGUCUUUAUCCUCAGACAAAGAAAAACAGUGUGGAAGUGGGCGCCAAGUCAUCUCUUCGAUUGGCAUAAGCCCAGAUGGUAAUGGAAGUUUGUGUUUUGACAACCUUAAGCAUUCUGAGGAUCAGAUCAGGCAAAGAGUUAGUGAUUUAGAAACUUCAAUGGAUAACACUUGUAUAUUAACACCCCAGAGGACCAUUAAAUGCUCAACAAUGCCUUUAUGUUCCAGCCAAUGCACAGAGCAAGAUGAUACUUCCUCAGGUACAGAUGAGCUUAGCUCAACACCUUCAUUCCUCACUCAGAGCAGCAGAUUUACAUCAGGUGAAGAAUUUUCAGGCAGCGAUGAGAGUGUCCUUUCCUUUCUCAAUGACUCCAGUUCGAGUGAAUCCAGUUGUAAAGAUAGAGAAGAAAGAGACUCUGUCAAUUCCACUUAUAUUGCAAGAAUGACUACGGGUUUAGUAAAUACAAACCUCAAACCUGAUACAUUGCUUUCUGCUCUGAACAGUCAACAUACUUUGAGAAUGCUGGAUAGCAGCAGGGAAGUUGCAGGAGGGAAUUCCCAGAACCGUUUAAUGGAGCCUGAUGGAAACUUGCCCAUUAUGAGUGGGUCACCUACACUUUCCUCAUCUAGAGCAUCUAGAGAGAGAAAUCGUUUUUAUGAUGCAGAGUUUCAUAAUAAAGGGCAGCUGCAUCCCAGCAGAAAUAUUUUAGUAAAUCUAUUAUAUAAGAGGAACAGUGUAGAGAAUCUAGAAGAAAGUGGUGAGCCUGUGAAGAGAAAGUUGGACAACAUGCAUGGAUGGAAACCAUUAAACAGUGGGAUUUCUGCUAAUCCCUCAGACAGUGAGAGCCCUCAGAAGCUGCAGGAUGUCACUGUGUGGCAGACAAGAUCAGUCCAACAACCUUUGCCAGAAUUUGAGCAGGGAAAAGUGUUCGAGCGUCCACCUGUACCGAAUGCGGAGAACUUCACGGAGCACAUUGAGCUAGAAAUCCAGGAGACGGUGGAUCACAACAGGGAUCGGCCUGAAGUAAUUCGAGCUAGACGUGUUACACCACCUACUUCAUGGAUUGAAAAUAAGACAAACGAUGAUGCGCUUCAAUCCGAGAAGCUACAUUCUUCUGACUAGAUUUGGCUCAGACUGAGGUGAUGUGUGGCCCUUGUGCUGUAGCUUCUACUUUGGAAUGAACGUGGAUCUUCACGGAGCGAGUUGGCAGCAGUACUGUAGUGUUAAGUGUCCCUGAAUGUGAAAUGCUGCUAUUCAAUACCAGCCAUCUUUUAUUUCAGUGGAUAAUAAUGCAAUUCAAAAUAAGAAGAUGGAUUUGAAUUUGCUUGCUGAUACCCUAGGUAGUGUGAUUUUACUUGAUACAUAUUUGAACAGUCUUCAAAUAGGUCGAGGGUUGCAUGUCACUUGAAGCUUGUUUUUCUAGCCUGAGGCUACAAGGCACAGCCUUGGAUGUCUCCCUUAGGAUAACUAAAUGGGAUUUGAUUUCAUUUCUGAAUGUAAAGUGAAUUAUUUUAAAUUGCGUUAUGGUAGUCACACAAUUGUAUUGGGAUUAUUAAUGAAAUUAGCUGGACAUUAGGCAACACUGCAAAAUUAAGCAUCUGCUACUUUUUCUCUUCUGUACUUUACUGUUCUAAGAUUUGCAAGUAUCUGUUACUCGCAGAUUUAAUUUCUUUGCUCAUUUACUUUUGCUAUAACUACAUUUACUAGCAUUCUUUGAGCACUUGACUGAAUCAGAUCACACACUGCAGUCUGUGCUGCUAUACUCACGUGCACGUGCUAAAUGAUUUUCCUUUAUUCACAAUUGGGCUGCUGGCUGAUGUGCGAGAGAGGGGAAGGGUUAAAAAAUAUCUGACAUUGUCUGAUGCAACAUGCUCGAGUCAUCUUGACCUGACAGACAUGGGCCAGUCUCCCCAUGUAGUGACCAGUGUGCAUGGUGGUGAGAGAGCUGUAGAGGAGGAGAUGGAGCCACACUGACGGCUGCCCUGAGCAGCAGCCAGGCCUGUGCUGUCCCUGUAACACAUCAUGUAGCAUUGACAGCAUCUAUGAGAGUGUAAAUUGUGAUGUCCCCUUAACUGGGACAGGUGAUACUGGUGUCUGAGCAGACUCCGCCAGAGAAAAAUAAAUAUUGUUGAAGAACAAGAAA